UGAAUGCAUGCUUCUCAGGUAAGUUUGCCCGAUUGUGCGUCCAUUUUCAACCGGAGACAGCGACCAGUACAGUCACUUCACGGUCAAGAGGCUGUGUGCCCAUGAAAUGGAGGAGCUGGGUGCUCCUAUGUAUAUAUAAGGACUGUGUGUCCAAUGACCACCUGAGUAAGGUCAGUUAUGUAGUUUCUAGUGAGAAGGAAGCUGUAAAAGGGCAGUAGACAUGUACAAGCUGUGUGCUGAUAAUGUCCAGGAGGUGGUGAAGCUGUGUGCUAUGAGAGCUGUGUGCUCAGAAGCUGUGUGCUAAGGAGCUGUGUGCUCAACUUCAUGUGAAGUGACCUUGAGGGCCUGGGAGACCAAUGACUAAGGCUCCAUAUGAAUGUUCCAGUCAGUAACCAUCAGUAACCAGUUAUCCUUCAUGGAAGGUGUAUCCAGACGUACAGUACUAGUGAAAACAUCCAGGAUGAGGUUUCAACUACGUGGAAAAGACUUUAAACAUACAUCAGUGUGGAGGACCGCAGUUGUGGGAAAAGACUUUCAAUAGACUGUUUAUAGGUUUGAUAUUGUUAAUAUUAGGCAUAUAUUUAGGUUAUUUAUGUGUAGUGUAUUGACGUCGAGUGAGAGGGUAUGCGACUUGGUGUGGUUUGUAUCUCUACUUUCUUGUAAAUUUUUGUAUAUAAUAAAUGUUUAUUUGUAUAUGUAUAUGGUGUUGUGAGAUUUAUCAGUUGAGGUGGACCGGCCUAUCCCCACAAUUCUUGACAUUUGGUGGCAGCGGUGGGAUAGGCCUUGUAAUUUAUUUAUUGCAAAAUUUAUAGGUUCACAAUUACAGCCGAUAGGUCUCAUCAACCAUGGAUACAGUAGAGCUAGCAAAGAUAGUGGACAUUGGGAAGAGCUUAGGGUAUGAGGGUGCUGAUUUACAGACAUUUGUAGAUAGGAAAGAGCAGGAGAAACGCAAGAGAGAUGAGAGAGCCCUAGAGAGGGAGGAGAGAGGGGAUGUGAGAGAAGCAAAGUUGAAGUUGGAAACGUUGCAGUUAGAGCUAGAGAUUGAGAAAAUGAGAAAAGAUGAAUCGGAUAGGGAUAGGAACGAUCGGGUAAGUAAUGUAAAAGGCAAGUUCCCCAAAUUACCUGCGUUUGAUGAUAACAAGGACAAUAUCGAUGCUUAUCUACAGCGAUUUGAAAGGUUUGCUGGUGCUGUAAAGUUGGAUAGGCAGGACUGGGCGGUCCAUCUGGGAGCUUUGCUUAAAGGUAGGUCGUUAGAGGUAUAUCACCGAUUGUCCGAUGAGGAUUCUGUGAAGUACAGUAAGUUAAAGGAGGCUCUGCUCAAGAAGUUUCAGAUGUCGGAGGAGGGAUUUCGACUGAAAUUCCGUACUUGUAAGCCAGAAACGGGAGAGACGUCGGAACAAUUUGUGGUAAGGCUAGAGAAUUACUUAGACAGGUGGGUAGACAUGUCACAAACAGAGCAUACUUAUGAGUCCUUAACAGAUUUGUUGGUACAGGAGCAAUUUAUUCAGGCUAGUAGACAACCUUUAGCAUUAUUUAUUAAGGAACGUAAACCUGGUGAUUCAGCAGCGAUGGCUAAACUAGCUGACCAGUACUUAGAAGCCCACAAUGGGGUUGAUCUCAAAUCCUUUGGUAAAAGCGGUAGUUACAAGACCACACCAAGGGACCGUGAUCGGAACAGAUCAGAGUCUGCUGUUUCUGUCUCUGAUAUGCCUGAGGAGGUUUACAGGAAAGAACUACAGAAAUCUCAACAGCGACACAAACAUCAUUUUGACAAGAGAGCCAGAAAUCGUAGAUUUAAGGAGAAGGACAAAGUAUUGAUCCUACUACCAACAGACAACAACAAACUACUCAUGCAUUGGAAAGGUCCCUUUGAGGUGAAAAGAGAGGUAGGUCAGAAUAACUAUGAAGUAGAAGUCAGAGGAAAGGUAAAGACAUAUCAUGCCAAUCUACUUAAGAAAUACUUGACACGAGAACGUGAAGUUGGGUCACAGCCAGGGGUGAUGAGUAUGGUUGCAGCAGCAGUCAUUGAAGACACUGAAGAAGAGGGAGAUUUAGUGGUGAAUGACAAUGUGGAAAUACGGGUACCUGAGUUGAAGGCUAAGGAAACCAUUAGUGAUGUUAGGAUCUCUAAGGAAUUAGGUGUUGAUCAGCUUAGUGAUGUUUUAUCUAUUCUCCGGGAUCAUACAGAAGUGCUGACUGAUUUACCAGGACACUGUAAAAUUGGGGAACAUAGCAUCACAUUGACAACAGAGGAGCCACUCAGAUGUAAACCCUACCCAGUACCACAUGCUUUAAAGGAGACUGUGAAGAAAGAGGUAAAAUCUAUGCUUGAGAUGGGAGUGAUUAGGCCGUCAAAGUCCCCGUACGCUUCGCCUGUCGUCUUGGUGAAGAAACCAGACAAUACUACCAGGUUUUGCAUAGAUUUUCGCCGACUUAAUGCUGUGACGGUAUUUGAUGCAGAACCAAUGCCGGAUCCUGAGGAGAUAUUCUCAAAAAUUUCCCGGAGUAAAUUCUUCACUAAAAUUGAUCUAAGUAAAAGGUAUUGGCAGAUAAAUAUGAAAUCUGAGUGUAGGGAAUAUACAGCAUUCCAGACAGCAGAUGGAUUGUUCGAGUUUGUGGUAAUGCCAUUUGGACUAGUAAAUGCUGGAGCAACCUUUAACAGGACAAUGAGGAUUCUACUCAAUGGAAUGGAAAACAUAGUUUUCUGGACGACAUUCUGAUCCAUACAGAGACAUGGAAGGAACAU